CCAACACACUGGGACCGUCCGUGGGAGCUGGAUAUCUCACGCAGGAAAACCCAACCAACCAAAUGCCAGACAGUGAGACUGAGAAGAGUGGCCACGUGUGUUAAAGAUUUGCUAUUUAUGCAGCCCAGAGCUAGACCUGGGACAAGUGUCUUGCUAUCUAGACCACAGUCUCCUUUAUUUUAUGCUUUCCUAUCGAUUAUAGAUGAUGAUAGUUAUUUUUCAGUUGGCAUAUGGAGUUGUGAGGUUCUGAAAGUGAAUACAAACAAGGUGAUGAUUGACUGUGAGCCUCAGGAGAAGAUUGUCUUGGGAGUCACAGCUUUGCUUUUGCUAAAGACAGGAAACACAACAGUUGGCACUGGAGGAGGGAUUGGAGCUCUCUGUCAAUAUCAAGCCAAAAUUCAGUUAUCUCUUAACAGGAAAAUUCAAGUUCAGGGUGCUGUAACUUCCCUAACAUGUAGAGGUUGGGGUGACCAGUUCUUUGUAGGGAACAAUGAACGGGGACGUCUAACAAAGGCUCGUGGUGUGGUGUGAAUCAACAUCCCCAACACGACCUGCAGUGCCAUAGAGGUUAUGGAUGGCCUGAGAGAUGUUUCAGCUUGGAAUGAUGGGAAAAUCCAUGCCUUGAAGGCAGAGACUGGGCAGUCAAUGUAUGUGAUUGACAGUGCCUGUAUUGGAAUUGCUGCUACAAGUGACUGUAAAUGAAUCAUUAGUGGAGGAGGUGAAGGGCACCGCUGGAAAUAUCUCCUGGACCAGAGGCCUUUUCCUACUCCAGAAAUGAGUAAACUGAAGCGUGGAAGAUCAGGACCAGGUGGUACAAGAGCAGAUGUUGCUGGUGAUUUUCAGGGGAGGGUCUGGGAGAUCAGGGCAGGCAGUUCUGCAGGAGCCUUUGCUGUGUCCUGCGUGAAGACGAAGAAGGACAACCAAGAGUGUGUCAUAACCAGCCUGGAUGGAAUGUGCAGCAUGUGGGAUCUUGUGAAGGAGACAGAUGAAGUGGGACCUGAGAAAUAUCCAGGUAGAAAGAGAGAUUUGAGUACAGGACAGGCAGAGAUAGUUCAGGCAGACAAAGUUUGGGUUCUGACCCUAUUGCUUUUUCCUCAUUUGGGGGUGUUUUGCAGUUGUUUUUUGAGAAAACAAAUCAUUUGACCCCACUCCUCUUUCAGAUGUGUGUGUUGCCAUCCUGAAAGGUACCAGAUAGUCCAUGGUGCAACAAGCAGAAGGGUAAGAAAAACUGCAGGAAUUCUGUUUGCAGAAACUCCAAAACACAAAAUCUGGGGCUUGUCCAUGGUGAAACUCCUGUGCCCCCACAGCAGGUUGUGUUACAGAGCAGGGCUGAAAUCUGUGGGGUCUCCAGGCACAGCCCUCCCUCUGCUCUGCUCUCCAGAUGAGCUCCUGGGAAGUGCCAGAGAAGUGGAAGGGUCUGUGCCAGGUGCCAUCAGUGGGUUGGACAUCACAUCAGAUGGGGCACACUUUGUCACAGGUGAGGGGGUGGGUAAAACCAGAAAAGAGGAGGUCAUGCCAAGACCAGGAAAAGCAGAGCAGUGAAGCCAGGAUCUCAGAAAGGAAAGAAAAAAUUAAAAGGAGAGGUCAGCUAAAGGGGAAAAUAAAAUGAACCACUGAAGAAAACCACUUAGAAAAGGGCUGUGAUUCAGCCUGGGGAGAUGCUGAGGUUCAGUCUUGCAAGGUGUAAUGUAAAGGUGAAGGCAGGGCUCAAACCUCUCUGGGGAAUGCAGGGUUUCCUCGUGCCCUGCUCCCCCUUUAGUUCAGUGGUGUUCUCCGUGCUCUCCAGUGGUUUGUUCGAGUGACCUACUCCAGAAUCCUGGCAGCCUGUCAGGUUACAAGCAGGAAUGGCUCCAGGCUCCAGCCAGCCUCAGGCUCACAUGUUCCCCACCAGUGUGACAUCUCCUCUGGGAGCCCAGCCCUUGCACGGGGGAGCUUUGGGAGUGUGUACCUUGGCUUUGGCUAAAACCCAUGGAUUUACCAUCAGUUCUUUUCAAUUAGCCUGGUAAAUGAAUGUUGGUUAAGAGUAUUUUGAAGGCCCUCUGUGUUACUGGCACCAGUUGCUGGCCAGAGCUCACUGGCCAGACCCUGAGCGCUGUCCUGGCACUGACUCUGCACUUCAGCUGGAAAGAAGUAGUUGUUGCCAUAAUGCCCAAAGCAAUGUAUCCCAC